UUUCCGACGUCCCUAGUUGUUUUUUCUUGAAAAAAUACGCAGAAAAAGUUAAACAAAUUUAUAAAAUUUGUGUAAACAAACAUAGUAUGCAGGUAUGGACGCAGUAAGUGAAUUGCAUUUCGAUUUCCUUUGUAGAGCUUGCAUGCAUGAAGUGGCUGAUGCGGCCGCAGUUACCUCUACAGUUGAACUAACUGCCGAGCAACCUGAGCAACAGUGGAAACCCAUCUUUGAUAUAGUCGCAGACUGCGGAAACAUGCGCAUAAUUGAAUUACUAGCUAGCACUACCCCGUGUCUGGAAGUCAACCUCAGUGACGAAUUACCAAACAAAAUGUGCCGAGGAUGUUUGGAGCAAUUAGUGAGCGCCUAUCGUUUCCAGCAGAUGUGCAUGCAAUCAGAUCAGGAAAUGCGCAAAGUACUAGCUAAAAAAUAUCCAGAUGUAAAACUGAUAACAGAGGAUAAAGUGAUGACGACAGAGGUUUCAAUGAUAGAAGCAAUUGUAGAAGUCAGAGAUGAUGAAAUUGGGAGUGAGCCUGUAACUACUGCACCUGAUGAGCCACUUACGGGCGCUAAUGACCCGCUACAAAGCAUUUGCGAAUCACGGACAACUUGUAAAGACGAUACUCCAAGCCGUGUUUGUGAAUACCUCAAAAUGGAGCUAAGUGAUGAAGAUAUAUGCACUGAUCACUAUAGUACACACGAAACAAUGCUAGAUUUGAAGUCUGUAACUGGAGACCUACGUACGAAAAUCGAAACGGGGCCACGAGCAGCAGUCCAAGACAAGUCAACAACGAGUGUGGAGGGUUCAAGCAAGGAAGAUUUAGACGGAGAUCGGACAUGCGAUAAGCCUAAACUGAGAGCAAGAAAAGGCAGAAACCUUUUAAGGACUGAUGUGAAAGUUAAAGUUAAUUUGAACAAAUCUAGAAAAGUUCGGUGUGAACAAGCAAAAGAAGCGUCAUCCACACAUACCUGUAACCUGUGUAAUAAAACGUUUUCAUCCCGCCGAUUUCUACAAAGACACCUAAAAAGGCAUAUAAAAUGGGAGGAGCGAAAAAAAUUGCCCCCUCAGCCAAUGAAUACUGACCAGCAUUAUCAACUUGCAUGUGAUAUUUGCAACCGGAGAUUCAACAAACCUGAAGGAUUAUACAAACAUAGGCUGACACAUGAUGAGAAAGCUGAAGCAGAGGGAAAAAAUCCCAGUUAUUCAUGUGACUUGUGUGAAAAGCAAUACCUUUCACAGCGUACUCUGACGAGACAUAAACGACAACGGCAUUUUGAAAAAACCCCACAGACGGACAUAAAGCUGUAUGUUUGCGAAUUUUGCAAUAAAAGCUUUCAACAAUCUGGCACUUUAAAGGAUCACUUACGUACACAUACCGGAGAGCAGCCGUUCUUGUGUUCGGAGUGUGGGAAAGCAUUUAACAGUUCAAGCAAUAUGAAACAGCAUCUCUUACGGCACACUGGUGUUAAACGGUAUGAAUGUCCUGACUGCCCCAAGAAAUUUCCAUGUCUCAGCGACUUGGCUUCACACAAAGCCGUGCAUCUUCAGAUAAAGCGAAAUAUCUGUGAUAUUUGUGGUGCUGCAUUUGGUAAACCGUAUCAGUUAAAGAAACAUAAAAUGUAUCAUAAUGGCGAUAAACCAUACAAAUGUGAAUACUGCGAGAAGUGCUUCGUUUGUAUGGAUCAUCAACGGCGUCAUAUGCGUACUCAUACCGGCGAAAAGCCCUACAAAUGCAAUUACUGUGAACGCGCUUUUGCCCAAAGUAACGAUCUAAUCAAACAUUUGCGAAAUCACCUCGGUGAAAAUGUUUAUAAAUGUGAGUUGUGUCCGAGCGCUUUCCGACUGGCUACUGAGCUGCGCGUACACUUUGCUUUACAUAAGAAUGAUAAUGAAGAGACGCGUACGCGAAAUAUGCUCGCACUCAGAGAAGAUGAGGCAAGAUUGCGAUUAAAUUUAACAACAAAACAAGGACUGCUGCCUAAAAUGGCUUCGCCGGCCAAUAUCAAGGUGAAACCAGGACUUGUUCUUGAUUAUUUAAGUUUCGAUAGCAUCUGCAGGACUUGCAUGCAUGUGGUAGCUGAAGAGGAAACGUUUGCCGCCACAACCGCAGAGAUAAAGUGCCACUCUAUCUUCGAUACGGUUGCAGAAUGCGGCACCAUGCGAGUCGUUGAAUUACUAUCAACCACUACACCGCAACUACAAGUAAACUUCAGUGAUGAAUUGCCACAAAAAAUUUGCCGAGAAUGUUUAAAGCUUUUACUGAGCGUAUAUCGCUUCCAGCAAAUGUGCAGACAAUCUGAACAACAAAUGCGCGAAAUAUUAGAUAAAAGAUAUCUUGAUGUAAAACUGAUGAUCCCAGUGCUAUUGACGGAAAGUACAGAAGGGCCAAAGCAGAUUUCAAUGGUGGACGCCAAAGAGGGAGAAAUUGUGACCGAGGCUGUUGAAGUGCCGUUGGCUAAUGACCCAUUGCAAAACGACCAAUUUCUGAAAAUCGAGGAGUUUAUUGAUAGAGAUGAAUGCAUUUGUGAAGAUAAAACGAAUGAGGCAUCAGCAGUGGGGACUAACUUAGUUGAUAGUAGUCUAGUAGCUAGUUGUACAAGCGACAUGCCCAACUUUCGUGCUGGAAAAGAAAGUAACUUUAAAAAUUUCAGCACGCAUACACAUUCCUGCAGCAAGUGCAAUAAAUCGUUUUCCCAGCGCCGGCUUCUAAAUAGGCACUUGAAACGGCAUGAAAAAUGGGAGGAGAGCAAAAAUUUGCCUGUAAAGCCUUUAAAUACAGAUCAGCGUAUUCAAAUUAAGUGUGAUAUUUGUGGGCGCCGAUUCAACAAACCAGAAUCACUGCACGAACAUAAGCAGAAACAUGCUGAUCAACCGCAAGGGGAAGCAAAAAAGAUAUACGCCUGUGAUUUAUGUGACAAAACAUAUAGUUCUAAGCGUAUGUUGGCCUACCAUAAAAAACGAAGUCAUUCUGAAGGACCCUCUAUUGCAGCACCGGCGCGUCAUGUUUGUGAAUUUUGCAAUAAAGGCUUUCAAUUUCGUGCUAGCCUAGUUGACCAUCUCCGUACGCAUACAGGCGAGAGACCGUUCUUGUGUUCGUUGUGUGGCAAAUCAUUUAGAUGUUCAAGCAAUAUGAAGCAGCAUUUAAUACGGCAUUCGGGCGUCAAGCGGUUCGAGUGUCCCGAAUGCCCCAAAAAGUUUGCUUGCAACAGCGAUUUGUCUAAGCACAAAGUCAUACAUCGCCUGAUCAAGCCGCAUAAUUGCGACAUUUGUAGUGCUUCAUUUGCUAAAAGUUAUGAUUUAAAGGCACAUAAAAUGUACCACAACGGCGACAAACCGUACAAAUGCAAAUACUGUGACAUGCGAUUUGUUUUAAUGGACAAACAGCGCCGCCAUAUGCGUACUCAUACCGGCGAAAAGCCCUACAAAUGCAAGUACUGUGAACGCGCUUUUGCCCAAAGUAACGACCUAAUCAAACAUUUGCGAAAUCACCUCGGUGAAAAUGUUUAUAAAUGCGAGUUGUGUCCCAGCGCUUUCCGGUUGGCUGCUGAGCUGCGGGUACACUUUGCUUUACAUAAAAACGAUGAUGAAGAGACUCGCGCUCGAAAUAUGCUGGCAGUUAAAGAGGACGCUAGCUUAGGUUUACAUUUGAGACCUAAUGGCUUCAUGAGCACAACUAAUAGCUGAAGAAGUUGAUAAUGAAAUAAUUUAGGUUGGAGCUGUGUCCAAAAAGAGAAAUUUGGUUUUGAUUCAGCUUUUUUUAAUUCCGUUUUUAAAGAGACUUGUGAUGACAUCCUCUAUAUUUAUCUUUAAUUUCCUUUUUUUAAAACCUUGCUUAAUUUUUUGAGUAGUGUAUUUUAAGACAGAGAUCGCCGAAAUUCCUAACUGACGAAAAAAGCCUUGAUCUUCCUCACUACAACUCAGUUCAAGUGCAGUCAAUUUUAAUUUCCUCUUCUGUGAGUUAAUAAAAAAUUAUAGUUUAAAAAACUAAAA